AUGACUACCAAGAGGCAUUGUCCCAAGGCCAUCCUCUUCUUUGAGGGGCAGAGGUCAGGGUUUUUGCCCCAGGACCAGCGCCAAUCAUGGCGCGCCAACUCGGCCCUAAGUGAUGGGUGGACUUACAACACAGACUUGACUGGCGGCUACUAUGAUGCUGGGGACAAUGUGAAGUUUGGGUUCCCAAUGGCCUUCACCACCACAAUGCUGGCUUGGAGUGUGAUUGAGUUUGGAGAUUCCAUGCCUCCCAAUGAGCUGAGGAAUGCGCUUGUGGCAAUCCGCUGGGCCACGGAUUACCUGCUCAAGACUGUGUCUCAGCCUAACAGGAUCUUUGUGCAGGUUGGGGACCCAAUUAUAGACCAUAAUUGCUGGGAAAGGCCAGAAGAUAUGGACACAGCCCGGACUGUUUAUGCCGUGGACUCGCCCAAUCCGGCUUCUGAUGUCGCCGGAGAGACGGCCGCAGCUCUGGCAGCUUCAUCAAUGGCAUUCAAAUCCUCCGAUCCUGGCUACUCAGACACAUUGUUACGAAAUGCCAAGAAGGCGUUUGAGCUAGCUGACACUUAUAGAGGAGCUUACAGUGACAAUCCUGAUGUUAGAGGUGGUGUCUGCCCAUUUUAUUGUGAUUUUGAUGGUUACCAAGACGAGUUGCUAUGGGGAGCAGCAUGGUUGAGUAGGGUCACUCAGGAUAGUGGUUUUUUCGAUUACAUACAAAACAAUGGCAAAACUCUUGGUGCCGAGGAGAAUAUAAACGAAUUUGGGUGGGACAACAAGCAUGCUGGCCUAAAUGUUCUAAUAUCCAAGGAAGUCCUAGAAGGCAACAUGUACGCUCUAGAAUCCUACAAAGCAUCAGCUGAUAGCUUCUUGUGCACAUUAAUCCCAGACUCAUCGUCCUCCCACAUCGAGUACACUCCCGGCGGCCUCAUCUACAAGCCGGGCGGCAGCAAUUUACAGCAUGUAACUUCCAUCUCAUUCCUACUACUCGUGUACGCAAAUUACCUUUCGCGAACCUCGCAGUCUCUGAACUGUGGCAACAUAAAUGUCAGUCCCACAACCCUACGCCAAAUUGCCAAAAAACAAGUUGAUUACAUUUUGGGAGAUAAUCCAAUGGGGAUGUCAUACAUGGUUGGUUAUGGUGACCAUUUUCCACAACGCAUUCAUCAUCGUGGCUCUUCAUUGCCAUCAAUCAAGGACCAUCCCCAACCCAUUGCUUGCAAGGAAGGCUCAGUCUACUUCAACUCCUCAAGCCCUAACCCUAAUGUGCUUGUGGGUGCCCUUGUGGGAGGUCCUGGAGAAGAUGAUGUUUAUAACGAUGAUCGUGCCGAUUUUAGGAAAUCUGAGCCAACCACUUACAUCAAUGCACCAUUUGUUGGUGUUUUGGCAUACUUUGUGGCUAAUCCCAAUCCUAAUUAG